CUUUAUAUUGAGUAAUGAAAGCCUUUAACCAUGAAUCAAGAGUACUCCACUUCACAGUCAUGAUAUGAGAUCCUAAAUUCUCAUCGGUCUUAUCGAACAAUUCUCUACUCAAAAUCUCUUUAAAUCCACAAACAACUGAUUUAUACACACACAUAUAAUCUUACAAUUAAAAAGAACAGGAAAAAAGAGAGUAAUCACGCAAAAUAUAGGAUGUUGAAGUCAUCAUGCAAUUUACUAUCCGAUAAUAAUCUUCAAUUUUUUAGUCAAUGCACUUUUUGGGCUUCUCCCAAUUCUCGACUUAACUUAAUUCGUCCGCGAAACGUUUCGUUUUCUUACCCUUCUGCAUCGAAACACCCCGAUCUCUCUUUAUCCGUUUCUACGACAACUGACAAUGGGGUUACUGAAAUUGGGUCAGGUUCUAUUGGGUUGGCGGACCAGCUCCGAUUGGGUAGUUUGACUGAAGAUGGGUUGUCUUAUAAGGAAAGCUUUAUUGUGAGGAGUUAUGAAGUUGGGAUCAACAAAACUGCUACUGUUGAAACUAUUGCUAAUCUCUUACAGGAAGUGGGUUGCAACCAUGCACAGAGUGUUGGAUUCUCAACGGAUGGAUUUGCAACAACUCCUACCAUGAGGAAGCUUCAUUUGAUAUGGGUAACUGCUCGCAUGCACAUUGAAAUCUACCGAUACCCAGCUUGGAGUGAUGUGGUUGAGAUUGAGACGUGGUGCCAGGCAGAAGGAAAAAUAGGGACACGACGUGAUUUCAUUCUUAAGGACUAUGCAAACGGUGAAGUUAUUGGACGAGCUACUAGUAAGUGGGUUAUGAUGAACAUGGAUACCAGAAAGCUGGAGAGAGUUACUCCUGAAAUAGCUCAUGAAUAUUUAAUUUAUUGUCCGAAAGAGCUCCGAUUAGCAUUUCCCGAGGAAAACAAUAAAAGUUUGAAGAAAAUAUCAAAGCUGGAAGACCCGGCUCCAUAUUCAAAACUAGGGCUAACGCCCAGAAGAGGUGAUUUGGACAUGAACCACCAUGUAAAUAAUGUCACAUACAUCGGUUGGCUUCUAGAGGGUGUACCUCAAGAACUCAUCGACACCCAUCAGUUGCGAAGCAUCACCUUGGACUACAGGCGAGAGUGUCAACAUGAUGAUAUCGUAGAUUCUCUCACGGGUCCUGAAUCCACGAAUGGUGCUGCACCUGCAUCUAUCUCACCACUCAAUGGAACAAACGGGGCGCUUGCAUCAGCUGGAGACGAAGAAGAAACUGUUCAGUACUUGCAUCUAUUGAGAUUAUCCGGUGAUGGAUCUGAGAUAAAUCGCGGACGCACUGAAUGGAUAAAGAAGGCUUAGAGAUAAUAUCGAUAGAUCCUUUUUUUGUUUCUGUUCUGUUGUUUGUGUCACUAUAUACACCAUUGGAGUAGUGAUUCAGGUUGAUAUCAGAUUUAAGUAAAUUAUCGUUCAUUACAUAAAUGGUAAAUUAGAGCAAGAACAUGUGACCCUUUCGGGCCGAAAUGAAUUUGUAGGUAGCACUUGUUGCAAAUUUAUAGUACCUUCUACUUUGUUUACGAUGUGUUUGGAAGCUUUUUGCAAGAGCUUAAGGG